AUGCAUUCGCGUCGACCCGAGACCUUGAACAUUGACAUCUCCAAGUGUAGGGGAGUCGAAGAGGACUCCCUCUUGAGAUGGUUCGUUGAAUUGGAUGACGCCAUAAAGGCGCGUCGCAUCGACGACGGGGAUAUGCAAGUUGCAUUUGCUCAAUCAAAUCUGGCAGGACGUGCCAAGACUUGGGCACUGGGGCUCAAGUUGCACGACCCAUAUGCGUUUGGGUCGUUGGAAGUCUUCAAGUCGCGGCUCAGACAAACGUUUGAACCGCCUAGAGCUGAGUUCAGAGCUCGAACUGAACUCUUGAAGCUCAAGAAAGGUAAGCGUGAUGUGAACGCUUACGCGCAACAUAUACGACAUCUUACGAGUUGUAUAAGUUCCAAUCCGGUUGAUGAACACACGUUGGUUUCGGUGUUCAUGCAGGGUAUUGCGGAUGGUCCCGUCAAGACUCACCUGUUCCGGCUUGAACUAGAUUCACUAGAACAAGCCAUUUCCAUUGCGGAGCAGGAAGACUUCAGUCUGAGACAGUCUCGCGCCAGCUCGACAUCAUAUCGUCAACCGAGGCGAUGUGACAGCGGAGGUCCAGAGCCGAUGGAACUCGGUUAUGUAGAGAGCGAGAAGGCUCGCUCUACAGACUACAAGAAGUUGCAGAAAUGCAAUAGAUGUCAAAAGACAGGACACUACGCUUACGAGUGUAGUGCCCCUCGUCCAGUGUCUCGCGACACUGGGCGUAGUGACCGUCCACCCAUGAGAAAGGGGCAGGGACGAGGGUCCGCUGUUGGCGCAAAGACGCAACGACGGGAUGGACCGUCAAAAAACGGACAGGAUCAGUAG